AUUUAUUCAUAAUUGAGAACCAACGCCAUAAUGCCUUCAAUGUAUGAAAGUAAGCCAGGAAGGAGACUUUUAGCCUCGGUCGUCGACCACUGGGCAGAGGUAAAUCCGAAGAGGCCCUUCUGCAACCUCCCAAACACCAUGACACCGCAAGAUGGCUUCCACUCUAUAUCAUUCGGGGACAUCUCGCACUGCACCAACUUUAUGUCUGGUCGGAUUGACACCCUGGUGGGUCGUGGUGCCGGUCAAACGUUGGCCUACCUAGGCGUCAAUGAUAUUAGAUAUCUUGUCGUCUUCCUCGCAUGCAAUAAAAUGGGCUACAAGAUCUUCCUACCGUCGACAAGAAACUCGGACGAGGCCUAUGUGCAUCUUCUCCGGACAAUCAAGCCGGCCGCUUUCUUAUAUACCCCCGAGUUCAAGGAUAAAGUACAGGCACUGCGAGUCCAUUAUCCCGAGAUGAAGGGUUUCGAAAUUCCUUCCCUGGAUUCCAUGUUAACAGGUGACACUGUGCGCUAUCCAUAUGCGAGAUCGUUCGAGGAGGAAGAAGACCAAGUUAGCGUGGUUAUGCAUACAUCGGGGACUACAGGCCUCCCUAAACCGAUAUACCUGACACACGGGUUCUUUUCCACCGUUGACAACCUCGCCAACUAUCCACUCCCCCCUGGCCGGUCUACACCUCUUUCCAAACUAUGUUUAGAGGAGAACGGGGUUUUAACCGUGACACCCUUCUUCCACAUAAUGGGAUUCCUUCCCUUUGUCCUAGCGAUCUUGUUCCAAAUUCCAUUCACUGCUCCUCCUAACAAGCCCCUUUCUGGGCAACUUGUGAUCGAUAUCAUCGAGGCGUCCAAGCCGGGCGCGGCCGUCCUACCACCGUCUCUGAUCGAGGAUAUUUGCAGCACCCCAGGAGGCAUGAACACGAUAGCAAAGUUGGAACGCCUUUACUUCGCAGGUGCGCCUCUCGCACCAAAAAUAGGAGACAAGCUACUACAAAAGGUCUCCAUCAUUUCAGCGUAUGGGUCAACGGAGAUGUGCAUCGUCCCUUCCAUGAUCCCAGAGAACAGCAAAGAAUGGUCCUACUUCGAGUGGGUGCCUGGUUACAACACCUUCAUAGACCCAGCCGGGGACGGUCUCUAUGAGCUUGUCCUCCAACGAGGCAAGACCCGCGACUACCAUGCAAUCUUCCAUACAUUCCCGACGCUGAUGGAAUACCGCAGCAAGGACCUUUUCCGCCAACACCCGACCAGGCCCAACCUAUGGCAAUACGCCGGCCGACUGGACGAUAUCAUUGUAUUCAGCAACGGCGAAAAGUUCAAUCCCGUUACCAUGGAGAAACGCAUCGAGGCCAUGCCGCUCGUAUCAAGGGCGUUGGUUGUAGGCCAAGGCCGAUUCCAGGCUGCCCUGCUCAUCGAGCCCAACUGGGAAUUGUGGGAUAUGAAUGGGUUCACUGCUGUGGAGGCCUUUAUAGGCGCCGUGUGGCCUCAAGUGCAGGAUGCUAAUGCUACUGUCCCGACGUAUGCUCGUGUGAUGCGAGAUCACAUUGGCAUUGCGACCAGGCGGAAGCCGUUCAGAACGACUGCGAAAGGCAGUACACAGCGUCGACAGGUGAAUGGGGAGUAUAAAAGCGAGAUCGAAUUGCUCUACAACAGACACAAUGGGGCAAGGCCGGAUGAUUCGGAGGGCGGUGCGUUCGAAUCAGCGGGGUUCGUUCGUCAGGCAGUAAUCAGCCAGCUUGGUCGUCAAAUCGGCGAUGAUGAUGAUUUAUAUGUGGCUGGAUUUGAUUCUCUUCAGACGGCGUCACUUGCAAAUAUUCUCAGCAGGGCCAUUACGAGAAACGAUACCGACGACCGUGUGAAAACUGUCACAGCUCAGAUGGUAUACGACAAUCCAUCUAUUGCGUCGUUGUCUCUUGUAAUCACCGGCCUUCUAGAUGGCACGAAUACCCAAGCAGAAGUAUCCCGGACUGCCAGAAUCAACGGUCUAUUGGAGUCUUUCACUCAGAAUCUCCCACAACCCAAUAAAGCAGCGAUACCGAGACCAAAGAGUGAGGGCCACGUUGUCAUGCUCACUGGGUCCACUGGGUCAUUUGGCAGCUAUAUACUGGACACUCUGCUAAGUGAUCCAUCGGUUAAGAAGAUAUACUGCCUGAACCGCUCUGCUGAUGCAGAGGCACGCCAGACAGAAAGCCAAGCUGAGAAAGGGUUGAGGGCAAUAGAGCAGAACAGAAACCACGUUGAAUUUGUUCAAGCAGAAUUUUCGGAUGACCAGUUAGGCCUGACACAGUGUAUGUACCGCAAGCUUCUUGAGGAAGUCAAUGUGGUUAUCCACAAUGCGUGGAAAGUUGACUUCAAUCAAUCACUUGCGUCCUUCCACCUGAUGAUAAAAGGCGUUCGAAGCUUGAUCGAUUUCGCAUCACAAACCAGAUAUUGCGCUCACCUGUUUUUCGUGUCGUCUAUCAGUUCAAUAGGAGCUUGGAACCCGUCUAUGGGCCAAAUAUCCGCGCCUGAAGGGCCAGUCCACAGCCCAGAUGCUGCCUUGAAGCAGGGAUACGCCGAGUCGAAGCAUGUAGCCGAGAGGCUUUGCUAUGCUGCGUCAGACAAGGUUGGCAUCCCCAUUACUGUUCUUCGUGUUGGGCAAAUAGCGGGCCCAACGACUCGUCUGGGAAGAUGGAAUUCGCGGGAAUGGGUUCCAGCUCUGGUGCAAUCGUCGAUCAGCCUGGGCCAGAUUCCUUCCACGAUGGGUGGUGCAAAUGAAAUCAAUUGGAUCCCAGUAGACAGCCUGGCUGAGAUCGUAUGGGAGGUUAUUCAGUACCGCCUCCUACAAUCAGAAGCAAUAUCGGCUACGUUCCACCUUGUCAAUCCUCGCACAAUCGAAUGGUCGAGACUAAGUGGCCAUAUUCAACGGAAGCUGGGCUUGGACACCAUUGAGUUAUCUGGUUGGAUUCACAACCUGGAAAAUCAAUCCGUCGGGAGUGAUGCUAAGGAUACACCUGCACUCACGCUUCUAGACUUCUUUCGUGUAUUGCUCGACGACGAGAGUAUUUCUGGCAUUGAUGUCAGUGCAGCAAUGGCAGCCAGCAAGAGUUUGCGUCGCUUGGAGCCAGUCACUGUGGCCAUGAUGGACACCUGGUUACAACAGUGGGGAUACGCUAAUUAAAAGUUAUUAAUACAAAUUGAUAAUAUAAUAAGAUGGUCUAUAAACCCAGGCCUACUUGCAAAUGUAUC